CGCCACCUCGCUGCAAAUAAAAGUGAAAGAAAACUUCAAAGGAGGAAAGGUAGUGAAGUACUAAUACUAGGUUAAAGAAGCAUUUGCAUAAGAUCAGAGAUGUCUUAUUAAUCUAUCUGACUACGGGAAGCAUAGAUAACAACAUCUGUCGCUCAGGAUUCCCGUAAAAUAUUACCUAGUAAUAGUAUAGUACUUUACUUUAGUAGUACUACUACUAGUAAUACAGGCUAGCCUACAGCCUACACACACACUACACAGGCUACAGUACAGGAUUACAGCCGGGAGAUUGUCAUCUCGGCCAGUGUAUUAAAAUGGGACACCUGAAGCUAGUCACAGUUGAUAUAACUAACACGAUUAUCAGGUGGAGGGUUCCAGUUGGACACUAUUAUGCCAACAAAGCUCGGCUUUUUGGAGUGGAUGCCAAUGGCGACAAGCUUCAAUAUUCCUUCAACAAGAACUGGUCCGCACACUGGCAGGAAUUCCCAAACUAUGGUGUCAGCAACGGGAUGACGAGCAAAGAGUGGUGGGACGCCUUGGUGAAUCGCACGUUUCACGACGCCGGCUACAGAGGCGACCAGGAGACGCUCAAGUCCAUAACAGACGCGCUGUACACCAGCUACAAGGACGGGAACGAGGCUGCGCGUGUCUUGCCAAAUUCCGGCCGCGUCCUCUCGAACCUCAGAAAGGCCGGCCUGAAGCUCGGCGUCAUCUCGAACUACGACGAGCGCAUACACUCGCUGCUAGCGACGCUCAAUCUCGCUCAGUACUUCAAUUUCGUCAUCGCCUCGCGGGAAGCCGGCGUCUGCAAGCCGCACUCCUCCAUCUUCCGCAUGGCGCUGGAGAAGGCUGGGGUCGCACCCCACGAGGCGGCACACAUAGGCGACAACCCGUACCUCGACUACCACGCGGCGAAGCGCGCAGGCAUGCAUGCCUACCUGAUCAACCAGUCGAUCAAGAGCACGACCGAGGUUCUGCACGACGUAGACAAACGCGACGUCUACUCGGACAUCUUGGAAGUUGAGGGGCAUCUGCUUAGAUACACGCGAGGAUUUGAUGAAGAGGGCGCCACUAGUCCACCUCUCUCCCAUUUUCAGCAUCAUUGAGGACUGUACUAGUAGGAAAGUGACAAUAGAAGGGAUCAAGAACAAGAUAUAGAUAUCAUAUGUGAAGUGUGUUCAAGCUGUCACAUUGGGUGUAUAUUAGCUCCAAGAAACGGUAUUGCUAGGGUUAGUAUGUAUAGACAAUCCGUCGCACAGCCUGGUCGGGCUAGGUGUAUAUAGAGUGUGCUCUCCACAAAUUGUGGGUUGCCAACCGUCAUUUGCCGAGUGAAAGUCUUAUCGAUCAUGUUGUUCCUCAUACAUUGUUCCUCCGGGGGUUGUAUUGGCAAGAAUUGUGUUGGCAUUUGUUGAAAUACGAAAAUUGGAAUGUCUAAGGCACGUUGCCACUUAGGGGGGAUGGGACUUAGGGCCCAGGGGGACCUCUGCCAAGAAAAUUUAAAAAAAUUGGUGCAUUCUGAGAGCAUCUGAGCAGUAAUUUUGAUGUCUAGAAUGCAAGA